ACCGCACAUUCGUUUCGCGUGGAUCUGCCAUUGGGGUCUUCAAAACAACAGACACCAACGGAAUCUCUUUCGAGACUACAAUCACAUCCGUAAAGUCCCCCUCGGAUAAAAAAUUGUUUUCGCCCACAAAGCUGAUGUUGCAUGAUAACGAUUCAAGUCUGAUUUUGAUGAGGCCAAACGAUGAGCACUCGCUUUAUAAAAUGGAUCUUGAACGCGGCGAGGUGGUAGAAGAGUGGAAGAUUGAUGCAGACGCCACCGUUACAAAUAUAGUCCCCGAUUCAAAAUAUGCUCAAAUGACUGCGUGUCAAACUUUGAUUGGAAUGAAUCAUAACUCGAUCUUUAGAAUUGACCCGAGAUUGUCUGGGACCAAGAGGGUCGAAUCCGAAUCCAAGCAAUAUGUCGUCAAAAAUGAUUUCUCUUGCGGCGCAACCACCGCGUCGGGAGAGCUGGCCGUUGCCAGUCUAAAGGGCGACAUACGCCUUUUCAACAAGCUGGAUAAACGAGCCAAAACGCUUCUUCCAGGCUUUGGCGAUACAACAGAUGAUGGAAAAGCCAUUUUGGCGACGUGCAAAAACUACAUCCUGCUCAUCAAUACAGAUCUGGCGGAUGGAAAGAACACCGGAUUUACCAAGUCACUUGGCUCCGAAAAACCGGUGCCCAUCCGGCUCCAAUUGAAGCCAGAGCAUGUAGCAUAUAUGGGUGUGAAAUCGGUUGCGUUUACGGAAGCCCAUUUUUCAACGGGCGAGGCUGCAGAUCGUUCUAUUGUUGCAAGCACCGGCCCCUACGUGAUCACUUGGAGCAUGAAGGCAAUCAGACAAGGGAAGCUAUACGACUAUUCUAUUAGAAAAUACUCCGAUACGGUGGUCGCAGAUAACUUUAAAUAUGGGCAGGAUAGGAAUAUAAUCGUCACACUUCCGGAUCAAGUUUCGAUGAUCUCUAAAAGCUCUCUUUUUUCCCCAAAAAAGCUGCGAUCUGUAAAUGGGAUAGUUGAUUCUCCCUUUUAA